UAGAAUUGACAGAAGUUGUCUAUGGUUGCUUUGAUCGACCAAAAAUAAACCGAACCGUUCGGCGAACCGAUUGAACCGAACCGUACGAAACGAAAAUGGCAACAUGAGGAACAAACAUUCUUGCGGCCGAUAUUGUUUUCUUUAUGACUUAUCGUGAUUAUGUUUUCUCCUGCUGCCCAUGUGUUUUAGAGUUUUCCGUUGCUGUGUUUAAAAUGCUCUAGUUUAUUAAAAAUCGCGAAUGUAAUAAGUGAACAUUGAAGUCUUGAUAUUGGAAUACUUACGCGAACUCUAUUCUAGUGGCCAGACGGCAAUUUUAUGAAGCAAAAUGGCAAAGAAGAGAUCUAAAGCGAAGUCAGCAAAACCGGCUCUUGCCGUCGAAUCACCUGUGACUGUGACUAAAACACCAGGCGUUGACACGAUCAACACAGAAGAAGCCAUUGCGGCAGCUUUGAGUUCAGUUGCUCAACCAGUCCUAAUGAAAGUUUGUAGACUCUGUGAGACCAAAGAUGGCCCAUUUCUUAACAUCUUUGAUCCCGAAACAUUAACUGCUAAGAAAACCCAAGAUCUGAUGCCAUUUGUGAUCGCUGAAUAUGAUGACCUUCCUCAUAAAAUAUGCUUCCGUUGUUCAGCCAAAGUGGAGGAGCUACAUGAAUUUGUACAAAAGUGUAUUAAAACUCAGGAAAAUUUGCGUAAAGCUUUAGGUAGAUCUGGUCCAAAAACUCAAAGCAGUAAAAUAUGGGAGGAAAAAUUGCAUAAAUCCAAUAUCUCAAAUGAUGCAAUAUGUGAUGCUUUGAUUAAAAAAGCUAUGGCCGGAAUUGAGGACUUGCCCUUAAAAUCGUUGCCACUUGAUGAAACACAAAACAAAAGCAAAAAAUCAAUUACUGUUCAGAAAGACGAGGAAGAUGAUGAAUCCGACUUACCACUUAACAGAGUUAAACGAGAAACUAAUAAUACGAUUAGUUUAAGAUCAACUAGACAAGAGCAGUUCGAAAAUGAAAACGAUAAACCUGUGGGAAACCAAUCCUUAGAUUCACUAAAAAAUAAAAGAGUGACACGUGAAUCUGAAUCGUUGAAUAACCAAAUUUCGCCUAUAGAAGUGCAAUCUGACGAUGACGAGCCGUUACAGACAAGAAAGAGUAUUAAAAAAAGUAAGACAGUUAAUCAAAAUAAAACACACGCUGAAGCUAAGAAAAAUGUUAUCAGCAGCGAAGAAGAUGAUUCAGAUAACAAUUUAAAAAUUAAACAACCAGAACAAAUUAACCAGGAAGCCGUAAAAAGUGCUCCCUCAAAAGAUAAAGAUUUUGAUAUUAUGGAUCACAUUAGCAUGAUAAAAGUGAAUGGCGUUGGCGUUCUUUUUCAGUGCAAAUUAUGUAACAGAAACUUCCUUAAAAAGGAAGUUGUUAUUUCUCAUGCUUGUGCGAAAACCGGUGUACCUAAAAUUGAUUUUACCACAAAUUUGGCUCCGAUUUCAGAGCCGCCAAAAGUAACCACUGUUAAAUAUAUUAAUACGAGAAUCGAUGGCGACCGUAAACCAGCACCACCUCCAACAGUUGUCCCGCCUGCUGCAUCUAUCCCUAAACCGACUCAACCACCCGCACCUGAACUUAAAUCUAAGCCUAAAAUAGGUCCCGCAAGCAAAGUAAAACGCCCUGUUGUUGGAAUGGUUGUAACACCGCGAGAGCCGAGUCCUCCAGCACCUCAAUCAACUCCUGUUACGACCAUGCCUGCCGUUGAAUUCCCUGCCGCUCCAAAUUUAAAGAGCAGGUAUAAAUUAGUGCCAGGGCCAAACAAUACUUUUACGCUUAUGGAAGACGUUGAUCGCGACAUUCCUGUUCCCCGAAUUAUACAAAAACCAGGGACACCCACUGACAUCAGGCCAAAGCUAACGCCAGUAAAACCUAGUGAAGUUCCACAACAGAUUGUUAAAAAUGCUCUGAAUCAACAUUUCCAAUCUCAAGUCAUUAAUUUAGAUGAUGCAGAAGAAAUAACUCCUCACGUUUCCGGAGCGCCUCCAUAUCCAGUAGGAUUGUUCUCAACAGUUUCGCACAAUCCCAAUAUUUUACCCCCUCCUGUAAUCCCGCAACCAGCGCCGUUUACCACACCGGCAAUGAAAAAGCAAUCGUAUACUAUAGUGAAAACCGGUAAUCCAAGUAAACUUUUGAUAUCUACUAAAGCCCAGCCGCCGGUGGAAGAACCUCCUAAAAAGAAGCCAAGAAAAACGAAGUUAGUACCAAACACGGAUGAACCUACGCCGCCUUUUAAUGCAUCCUCUGAUGAUUCGACACGGUCAAAGGAUAACUUUUUUACGUUCAUAAAUGUGGACCCUUUACUUCAGCCAUCUUACGUUCUUCCUACAAACAACAUAAUUCAAGAAUCCCAAAUUUCUACUUCCACGCCGCAAACUAACGCUUCGAAACCAGAUACAAAUGUUUAUUCCUGUAACAUGUGCCCAGAAAAAUUCUCAAGAGAGAAAAAGUUGCUAUCGCAUAUCCAAUCUCAUUACUCAAAAAUGGAUGAAGAAGAUCAACAGAGAGAGAAAACCGGAAAAAGGCGAGGGAGAAGUUCAAAUACAAAUAAGUAGUAUUCGAUAGUUGAAAAGUACGCACGUUACGAGGAAAAUAAUAAAACAUAAAUAAUAAGAAAGACUAAAAAUGUGUACCUACCGCCAUUUGAGCUAUGGUCUUAUUUUUUUGUUCAAUGAUUUAUUAAAUUUUUGUUUUAAGUGCUAAAUUGAAAGUAUUUUAAGUUUCACAAGUCAAAUGAGGUGAGUUUUCUUAAAUAACUACGUUUCUGUAAGUGUAUGUAUGAGUAAGUGUACUGUGUAAGGGUACUGUGUGAAUUACUAUAGUGUUUUAAACCAGUAAAAGUAAGCAAAGACAUAUAUGGAAACAUAUGAUUGUAUAUCGCCCUUAAAGAGUAGUUAUGUCACUUGUGCUGUGUAUUACCUAUUAUUUUAUACUAUAGAUAUAUAAAAUACAUACUACAUUGUUUAUUUAAUUGAACUAUAGAACCAAUGUUCUAUAUAAAAGAUUUGAGACUUAUUCAUAUAUAUAUUAUUAUUGCCGCAUACCUAGGACAAAUGGAUAAUAGUUAUAAAUUUAAUGAUACUUUCUUAUGCUUUCUUACAUUCAAAGAUUUUUUUUACAAGGGCGCUAUCACGCUAGCGAUUUGCGAGCGAGUUGAUUUCGCUCCCAUCCCAGUAUGUUAGUAUGCAACGAAAUGCGCUCGCGGUGAUAUCAAUGCACACUCGCGGCGAACUCGAUGUACACUCGCGGCGAAAACAUCGCGCGCUCGCCUCGCUCGCAAUGAAAUCUCUAGUAUUAGCGUCCUAAUGUGUUACUUUUUAUCCAAAGGCAUUAAAUAUGGUGCAAAGACGGCCGGUGUACAAUGUCAGUUUUGUUUGCGUUUUACAUUGAUUUAAACUUUCACGAUUUUUACACAUUAAUUAACACAAACGGGACUUAAAAUGCCCUACUCCGUUUGCGGUCCUUGAAACGUCGGAGGUAAAUUUAAAACUUAAUACGCGAUUAAGUCCCGUUUGUGUUAGUUAAUAUUGUUUGCGUUUUGUUCAAAUUGCAUAUAUUCUGUUAAUUCGUCACCGCUUCCGUUAUGUUUUUAUCUUUUUAAACGAACGAUAGUCCUUCCGCUUUACCGAGUUAACAAUUACGUAACAGUACUUUGAUGCUAAUUGUUGUCGUAUCCUUAAUUUAGUUAUUGUUUUUUUUUUGUUUAUAUUUUAGACUUUUUGGUUACGCUUAUCUCUUAAUUGGAGGGGUUACCUUCUAUUUGAAAUCUUAUGAGCAUUUCAUUUCAUUAAAAGUUGCUGACUUAAAAUACAUACGUGUUGACUCGAGCGUGGUUGACGCCGGACUGACAGCGUUCCUGUAAUGUAAUCCGUUUUUUUUUGUUAUUCCACGACGGUGGAAAACAAGCAUACGCCCCGCCUGAUGGUGAGCAGUGUUCUUGCCCGAACACCCUUCUACAAACUAAAAAAGUCAUACGGAAGAUAUCAGACAUGACUGAAAUACGAUAAAUCUGAUAUUGUAUGAACGGAACGUAGGAAUAAACUAGUAGAAUCUCUUGUCAUGAUUAAGAGACAAAUAUUCGUACCCUACCUAAGAUUCAUAUUUAUGUUUGAUGUUCUUGCAACAUACUGAAGUUUGGCCAGAGAGUUUAAAUAAUUUUGCCAAUCAAAUAAAUUAAUGAUAGUUUGCUAGUAUCAAGACAGCUUGAAACACAUACAGAUAACAUACAGAUGUUCAUUUAAUAUUCAUUGUAUUGUCAGGUUAGGGUUUUUUUUUAUAUUUAAGAAUUGCAUUUAUUGUUACUUGCUGGCCAGACUUAUCGUAUUUCCUUACUUGAACUAGGAAGGCUAUGUGUGGGUUGCUAUGAUUUCACAUCAAAUACGAGUUGCAUUGUAUGAUUCAAUUGCAUUUUCUUUUUGCGUUUUUGCAUAAAUGUAACAUGUUAUUAUUAUUAAUCGAAAAUAUAAUAUUAUACCUUAAAGCCUUUGAGCAGGCAAACCGGUUGUGACAUACGAACAGACAGACGGAAAUUUUCUAAGAAUACUCUACCUGAAACCGUCCAAACAUGCGUUUAAACCUGUUGAACCGCACCAAGGUCGUAGUUCGGUACAUAUAUCUAUUUGUAUCUACUUCAUGAAAUUGUGGCAAUGGUGAAAUCUAUGGUCGCUCUUUUCGCGUGAUGAAUAAUAACAGGGUGAAAUGUCUCUAUCAUUAUCCAACUAUCUAGAUGAUUUUUAAUUCAUUGCUACCAUCUUCCCGCUGCUAAGUACUCCUAGUAGAAGCAGUGGAAAUACAAUAGAAAAAUUUCGGUGAUGUACUCUAUGUAUGUAUGUUAUUAUCAGACAGGAAUCUGUAGGGCAAAAUUGUUUGACAAGUAGGGAGUUCCUGUAUCGAUAAACUCAACUAUCGACGCUAGUUCUAUAUACUAGUGAAAACUCAAGGGUUUGCUUGUAAAAAUAUGUUUUUAUUAAGAGUAAAAAAUAAUAACUCAAUGUACUCUUCUUUUUUAAGACAAGACAAUUUUAUAAUUUUACUCCCUUAAUUUUAGACGCUUUAUACCCGAAAAUAUGAAACAAAUUCUGGUUGUUUACUUUAACGAUAGUAAAUGGUACAUUCACGAAGAAAAAAAUUGGGAUGAGUAAAAUUGUCUUGUCUUAAAAACGAAGAAGAGUACAUUGAGUUAUUAUUUAAUUAUUAUUUUUACUCUUAAUAGAAACGUAUUUUUACAAGCAAACCCUUGAGUGAUUACUAGUAUACAGAACUAGCAUCGAUAGUACAGUUUAUCGAUACAGGAACUCCCUACUUGUCAAACAAUUUUGCCCCACGGAUUCCUAUGUCUGGUCAUUAUGGUAAAUUGUCGAUUACUGGCCACCUUCCAAUGACUGCAGCUGUAGCACGGUUGCAUUUUUAUCACUUGUCACUAUGCCUGUCACGUUCUUACAAAUAAGUGCGAAAGUGACAGGCAUAGUGACAAGUGAUAAACAGCCGACCAUCUUAGCCCUGCUGGACACCUUAUACUUACUAAAAUUAUACUUAUUCACACAAUUAAAGUAAACCAAAUAGCAUUAGUUCUGAAAAUUUACUUGGAUUUUGUGAACAUUAAACAAUCUUUAUUUAGUAUAAGUGUCCAGUUAUUGGAAGGUCAAGGCCAGUAAUAGACGAUUUGACAUACCAGUUAUAAUAAGAUUAUUAAGUAACUAUGAUGCUUAUGUAAAUAUACGUGUACCUAAUUGAUGAUUUAAAAUACAAUUCGUUACUUAUGA